AUGCAGGGCGAAAGAUCUCUCCAUGAGCGUAAAUCUAAACUCUUAGCGUAUGACGUGGUGAAUUCCUUGGAACGAGUAUUCAAAUUCCCUUCAAACACGCGAGAUCCCAUACUGGCCAUGAUGCUCCGAAGCUCAAGUGACGGAUUCUUAUUUUUGAAUAUUCUAUCAAAUAUGAUACCGAUGCUUGCUGGCAUUCCUUUAGAGUAUAUAGAACACUGCCUCCAACGUACAGACAACAAUUUAGAACUUAGUACCGACAAAUUAAAAAUACGGUUACGACGCUCAAAACCUUUGGGCACCACACCAAGCGAUCGAUUUGGGAACAAAGACGUAUCUGAACCUGACAUAGAUGCAAGUGGUCAACCGAAACGCGAAGAGGCUGGCGAAUAUUAUCGGCCUUACACUCCUCGGUUCCUUCAUGUGGCUGGAAACGAAGAUGUCAAUUCCGCUAAAAAAGGGGACGAGCAACCUGGAUCACAUCUGACACCUGUAGUAUUUCGGGAUGGUGUCUUCGUUAUCGACGAUCAAAUAGAUGAAAGCAAAUAUAAUCUGUCUCAGGAUCUUGUACCGCAAUAUACAAAGGAAAGUAACAAGAUUAUUGGUGAAGUUGAAGAAGAGUCGCAAUCAAAUCGAUGCUUCAAUUGCAAUAGCGUGGAACACAGCUUCAAGCAAUGUCCUGAGCCUCGGAACCCGGCAUUAAUAAAGGCGAAUAGAAAACAAUUUCAAAAUGAAAGCAGCAGCGGCACUUCGAACUCUGCACGGUUUUUCGUCGAGCUCGGGCUCCGAGAAGCGGUCGAGCAGCUGACACCAGGCAAGCUUUCUCAACAGCUGCAGGACGCGUUGGGAAUGCAAGGUUCGGAACCUCCGUAUUAUCGGAAAAUACGUGAAUAUGGCUAUCCACCUGGAUAUACCAAGUGCGAAGAUGAACUCGCUAUAGCAACCGACUCGGAAAGUGAACCAGCUCUUUUGAUAUACGAUGACCACCACAUUGAUAAGGACUUUAGCGGAACUUCAAAUUCCAGAUCUGAUACUCACACAUCCUUGCUGAAACAUCACAUUGAGCUUGUACAAAAGCGUAGAAAAUUACCAAAAAUCCAAACAGUAACAUACCCUGGAUUGGAUCUGUAUACAUUAUAUAACUAUGACGAGACAAUAGUUAGUAAUGAGCACCAGAUUUCAGAACAACAAUAUUAUGAAUAUUAUGCUACGAAAAGUGCCUUACCGGCAUCAUACCCCGCUGCAGAUCCAGUCGCUCCAGCUACCGACCAGGCUAUAUUCGAAGACGAUGAAGAAGCAGACAUGGAUAUGUCUGACUGA